AUGGCUUUGAGGAACCACAGCACCAUCACUGAGUUUAUUCUCAUUGGGCUAUCUGACGACCCCCACAUCAAGGCUCUACUCUUUGUGCUCUUCCUGGGGAUUUACCUCCUGACCAUGAUAGAGAACCUGAUGAUACUGCUGAUUAUCAGGGCUGACUCCCACCUCCACACACCCAUGUACUUCUUCUUGAGGAAUCUAUCAUUUGUGGACCUCUACUUCUCUUGCGUCACUCUGCCCAAACUACUGGAGGACCUCCUGUCUGAGGAAAAAACCAUCUCAGUAGAGGGUUGUCUGGCCCAGGUCUUCUUUGUGUUUAUAGCUCCAGGGACUGAAGCCUAUUUGCUCUCAGUAAUGGCCUAUGAUCACUAUGCCGCCAUCUGCCAUCUGCUGCUCUAUGGCCAGGUGAUGAGCAACCAGCUCUGUGUGAGGCUGGUGUUGAUCUCGUGGGGCCUGACCUCUCUUGAUGCGGUCAUCAUUGUGCUUUUGGCUAUCAAUCUAGACUUUUGUGAGGCCCAAACCAUAUACCACUAUACCUGUGAGCUGCCCUCCCUCCUCCCUCUCUCUUGCUCUGACGUCUCCAUCUAUAUUGAUAUCUUGAUCUGCUCAAUUUUACUACAUGGUCUUGGGACCUUCCUCCCAAUCUUCUUCUCCUACACCCGCAUUGUCUCUACCAUCCUGGGCAUCAGCUCCACCACAGGCAGAAGCAAGGCCUUCUCCACCUGCUCCUCCCACCUCAUUGCUGUGAUCCUGUUCUUUGGCUUAGGUAUGCUUCGUUAUCUCAUGCCUCCCUCUGGUUCCUCCCUUGAUUUACUCUUCUCUAUCCUCUCAUCUACAGCCUCAAAAACAAUGAAGACAGCUGUGAAAAGGACACUGAGGAAAUAUCGACAAUAUUUCAUGGUGUGA